UGGGAAGCGGGCGGCGGGGCUGAGGCGCCGGCGGGCUCCGCCGCGGCCCGGCCCUGGGCCCGGCCAGUUCCCGCUCCUGCUCCCGCUCCCUUGCGGGCUCGGCCCCAGCCCGCUCCCCGCGCCCGCCCCGUGCCCGCGCCCGCGCCCGCGCCCGGCGGGGAGGCGGGCCCGGCGCCCGGCCGCCACUCCCGGACUACAGCUCCCGGCAGCCGCGGCGCCGCCGGAAGCGCGGCCCAGUGGCGGCGCGCAGGGCUGAGCGCGGGGGAUUUGGACCCGCUGCCGGCCGGGCGGGGCCGGGGAGGGUGAGGGUCGAGCCGCCAUGGCCCUGCCGCUGUCCGAGCCGCCGUGGCCGGCCAGCCUGGCCCCGCUGACGGCAGUGGAUGACUUGCUGCGGUGUGGGAUAUGCUUUGAUUACUUCAGCAUUGCAAUGAUCAUUCCACAGUGUUCACAUAACUAUUGUUCCCUUUGUAUACGCAAGUUUUUGUCCUUCAAAACUCAGUGUCCAACAUGCUGUGUGGCAGUCUCGGAAUCUGACCUGAAAAAUAACCGGAUAUUAGACGAACUAGUAAAGAGCUUUAAUUCUGCAAGACAACAGCUGUUCCAGUUGGUCUUGGACGCUCCACAGAUUUCAUCUCCAUCGGCCCGUAGCAGGCAUUCAGCUGGCAAAAAUCACGUUAGGAGUCCUGUUUCUUGGCCAACGUUAAAAGAAGAGGUGCCAGUGAUUGACCGUUUCUUGAGAAAGGAAGAAGUUUGCACCCCGACGAAGGCAGACGGCCUGGCAGGGGCAGAUCAGAUGAUUGUCAAAACUGAGGAAUGCCAUGACCUUUACAGCAGUUCUGCAGAGGUUGAUGGUAAAGGCAAUGAAGUGGGAUCACAACAGAGUCCUGAGUGCACCAAAAGUCAUGAAAAGCCUUCUACAUCUGUGGUAAAAGUAGGCAGGAAAGUGGAUUGCCCUGUUUGUGAGGUUGCUAUUCCAGAGCAAUUUAUAAACAAACAUCUGGAUAGCUGCUUGACAAGAGAAGAGAAGAAGGACAGCCUCAGAAGUUCGUCUCACAAAAGGAAGCCUAUGUCUAAAGUUGUUUACAACUUGCUCUCCGAUCGUGAUUUGAAGAAGAAACUGAAGGAACAUGGUCUGUCUACCCGUGGGACCCGACAACAGCUCAUUAAAAGACACCAAGAAUUUGUGCACAUGUAUAAUGCUCAGUGUGAUUCUCUAAAUCCCAAAUCGGUUGCAGAGGUUGUUAAAGAGCUGGAAGAGACCGAGAAGAUUCGCGUUCAGCUUGAAUGUAAUAAAACCGGUGGAAAUAGCUUGACCUUCACAAAGGACCAGACAGAGGAAGAAAUAGAUGAGAUCCACACUGAUUAUCGAAACAAGCACAGAAGCGAAUUUAAAUUUUUGGUGGAUCAAGUAAAUAAUCGGUGGAAGAAAAGUGGUAAGAGGAAAACAGAAAGUGCUCAAAACGAAGAAGUCACUGUCAAAGAAAUGCCGGCGGCCACAGCUAUGCUGUGUGGACAGAUCGGCUACUGUGAAUCGCUGGGAUUCUGCCCUCCAUGUAAGGUUUUCCUUUGGGCGCUGGGCCACAGACCUUGAGAAGCUGAAGGAAAGCCAUACGGUUUUUCCAAAACAGUGCGCAGGUAGAAGAUGACUCGUAUCAGGUGCAUCAACCUGCAUCGCGUUGACUCAAGUACGCGGUACCACCCCGUCGGGUUCUGACAAACCUGCGAAAUAUUCGUCACGCUUUUUGUGCACUGAGCGUUCGAUAAGAAAUUUCAGUUUCUAGUUUUAGGCCAAACAUCUGCACCUGUUGGACUGUUUGUAAACCAUUUAAAAAAACAAAACAAAAAGAUUUAUGGGUGAAGGAAGAAAUGCCUAAAGCCUGUUUCCUCAGCGUUAUUCACAGCAAUUACCUCUUUAUUAAAGUGGAAAUUAUACUAUGUGAAAGGAAGAGGGCCAGCAGCGGUCUGAUGAUUCGCCAUUUGAAAGCAUAACUGCUGAGAAGAGCACACGCUUUGUAUGCAUUCCUCACCCACUUGGUUCAGAUUCUCAUGGAAGUAGUGGAAUUGUAGAGAACUAAAGCAUACCUUCCCCCCCCACCCCAAAUCCCUCACGUCUCCCGUUGCCCUCUGCUGUAGUAUUGGUUGAUGUAACUUAAACCUCUCUGAAAAUCACCCUCUGUUUUUGGUGAUGUUUUAAUCAUCCCUUCCUGAUUUACAUUGUCUUGUUUUGCAUCUUCAAACUUAAAAACGUUCGAUAUCCAGUCUUUAUAAGUUUUAAGCACAGCUUUUUGCUUUGCCUAAGGGGAAGCGCCAUUAGAAUGUGAUAAACGUUUGUGAUACACCUCUUCUGGGCUGUGUUAUUGCGCUGGGCCGUUGCUAUUUUUGACCUGUUAAUUUCAGAGUUAUGUUUCAUUAGUUGGACAGCUGACUCACUCUAAUCUGCUGGUUGUUUUCAACAGACAAAAAUAUGCUCCUGGUAUUUAAUUAUACAUUUUAGUGGCAGGGAAAGGGCAAACUGUAGUGGAAUUAAAAGAUUGUAUAGCUCUUCCACACUCUAAUUACAGUUCUGUUUGGCCAUUUCUGUCAAAAUAAUUUCUUUAGGGGUAAAAAAGUCAAAGUGGUUUGAGCAGGAAUACAGCUUGGUUCAUGAGGGGGGACAGAACACUUCUGUGAGCGGCCCUCGUAACGAUUAUUAAUGAGAUGAGUCUCAGUAUGGUUUUAAAGUCCCCCGCAACUUUCUCGUUAAAUAACUCGCUUGAAAAUCUUUCUGGAUAUGGCGUAAGAGCAAUUUGUCUUUACAUACCAUAUUUGCUAGUCUGUAUUUGCUUUCUCUUUGGAGAGGUAGAAGGUAUCUUUUCCGAGACCUAUUUGUCUUUUCAUAGAUGAAAACUCUUGACAUGAAAAUAAUGGAAUGGUUUUACAAUUUGCCUGAUUUGUGUUGCCUAGAAGUUAUUUUUUCCUAUUAAAAAUGGAAAUGUCAGUUAUCUAGAUUGACAUUGUCUCUCUUGGAUGCAUAAGGAAAUAAGUUGUAUGCUUCUCAUUGAAAAUAAGCCUAUUAACUUGAUCUGUAAAUCUGUAAAGCUAUCAAGCUGUCUCAUGCGGUGGAUGAAGUGCGUUGGUAGCAAGAAGCAGAGAGAACAGGGCGGUCCCGUUAAGUGUUUGCUAAUUUCUGAAAUAAAGGUUCAUCUUAUGAAAUGUGACAAAUAUCCUUACCCUGUAGUCCUGGCCUUGUUGUGUUUGAAACUUAUACCAAUGAAAUCUUUCUGUAUCAGUCUCUGGUUCUUAGAGGGUGGGUUUUUUUUUACUAUGCAGGAAAAGAAAUUAAACCUUUGAAACUGUGGGAGUUUUGGGAAGCAAGCAAGUGGGAAUGAGGCACUGGUAUUUAAGUAUUUAUAACUUCAUUUUUUCUUAAAAAUCUAUCUCCAGGCUGCAAAAAUUUAAACAAUGCUAUUUUGCUUUGUCAUUCUUGCUAAUCUCUGCC